AUGCUGCACUUUGACGAGCUCCACGUGCUCGAGCAUGGCCUCGGCGCCAGUAGCCAAGUGACGUCGCUCGCGUCACGGCUCUACGAAUGGCUUCCAUCGUCGCGCUGGUUGUCCGUACUGUAUGCGUCGUCGACAUUAACGCCCAUCGUGCUCUCGGAGGAGUUUGUGAGCUUCUUCUCGAUGGACCGCGCGUUCCGCCGCACCACUGUGACGCUGGAUCAGCCCAACCACUGCAUCUAUAACGGCGCCAAGGCCAUGGCGCUGCGCAACAUCAGCGCUGUCAUUCCUAUGUACGCGCGCUACCAGUCGCCAGCGUACACGCUGCUGCUGCAGGACGCGGCGACGCUGCAGUCGUGGACGCUUGGCUUUACGGCCGAGGUGGACUUUACACGCUGGCUCGACGAUCUCACGCGCGUGCUCACCGAGACGGGCUGCGACGCGUGCACCGUGCGCCCGCUCAUUGAGCUCAUCGCGCCGUCCGAGACCUUGCUAGUCGUACGGUAUGCACGCUGCGAGACCGAAGGCAGCCAUGGUGGCAUCCUUCGGGUCCGCGUGAAGAAGAAGGGACUGCGCCUGCCCCGCUGA